UUAAAAAGUAGCAAUUACUUUGUAAAAAUAAUAUUAAUUUUCUUGAUUAAGACUAUUUUUUGUUUUGUCAACUGUAUACAAUAUUAAUCAAAUAUUUUAUAUCAGAUCAAGUUAUAACAAUUCAGUUUUAUUUCUAUCAGCUAGCUUUUCAAUAUUACAAUCAUAAACAAUAAUUAUUAUUUAUUAUAGGUCUAACACAAAUAAUUUAUAUUUGUAGGUCUGUUCCAUCUAAGUGAUACUGAUAUUUGCAAACAUAGCCUAGCUUGCGUUGAUUGCAAGUUUUGAAAUUGAAUACAGUAUGCAAUCUACAUUAAGAUUGAAAACAAUUUUAGGGCAUUUAAGGGUUAACACUGCAUACCAUGAACAGGUAGAGAAACUGUCGCAGAAUUCAUGUUGUGCUUCUGCCCCAUUAAUUCAAGAUAAAGAGUUUCGAUACACUAGGAAUUGCUCUCUUUUGUCACGGACAGAAAAGCAAUUUUACGAAGACAAUGGUUAUCUUAUUGUUAAAAAUCUUGUCAGUGAGCAUGUUUUGAAUUCCUGCAGAGAUCACUUCCUGGAUCUCUGCAAUGGAGUGUGUCCCUUGCAGGGAAUGUUCCUGAUGAAAGAACCAUCGCUUGAAAGGCAAGGAGCUACAGGAGAGCAUCUCUACUACAAGAUUCAAGAUUUACUCUAUGGAAUGUUCCUGAUGAAAGAACCAUCGCUUGAAAGAGAUCACUUCCUGGAUCUCUGCAAUGGAGUGUGUCCCUUGCAGGGAAUGUUCCUGAUGAAAGAACCAUCGCUUGAAAGGCAAGGAGCUACAGGAGAGCAUGUCUACUACAAGGUUCAAGAUAUACUGUAUGACAAUGUUUUCAGUAGUUACACUGCUCUACCCAAGCUGUUGGACUACGUUCAGUGUUUCACCGGGCCUAAUAUCACAGCUGUUCACUCUAUGCUGAUAAACAAACCGCCAGACGCUCAGGAGAACACUGUGCACCCUCUACACCAGGACUUGUUGUAUUUCCCGUUCCGACCGGCCGACUUGAUAGUGGGCGUGUGGACAGCAAUGGAGACUGUAGACUCAGACAACGGCUGCCUUGUUGUGGUGCCAGGAUCCCACAAGAACGGCAAGCUGCACAGACACGCCACCCAACAGUUCCAGACAGGAGCUUUCAAAACAUUCUAUGGCGUAAAGGAUAUGCAGGAUACAGAAGUGGUUCCGUUACACAUGGAGAAGGGUGAUACUGUGUUUCUCCACCCGCUACUUAUCCACGGUUCUGGACCUAACAAAUCUAAGAGAUUCCGUAAAGCCAUCUCCUGCCACUAUGCUGCAUCUGAAUGUGAGAUUAUUAAUGUGGAGGACAACGCAGAAUACAAGGACGUAGCCAGGGAAUUCGAAGCCAGUGCUUCCAAGAGCAGAGGCGUGCCUUUUGAUUUUGCGACAAUAAUGAAACUGCGCUGCGUAGUGGUGCGUGGCUCGGAGGGCUUCACAGCGCUAUAAUUGUGGGUUUAUGGAUUUGGUGGACAGAGCUCGGCAGCACCUCAACUGUAUUGUUUACAAAACUACAUUAUGAUGACUACACAACUUGUUUAUUUCAACUACAUCUGAAGUGAAUUUAAGUACUUCUAAACUAUAAUUUACAAAUGCCAUUUGGUUCGCUGGCCAAUGGUGCAGUGUAGCGGGUAUAACGAUUAUUGCAAGAUAACCAGAUCAAGCAGCAACGUUGAGCGUGGCUGCUGCUUGGAUAGGUG